CCCUCACCCACCUUUACCCUACAGCGUUUUAUGGUGGGUGUGGUCUGUAUUCUUUCUAUCUAAAUUCUUCUAUUCUUCUCGCAUACAAGGGUAUCCCAAUUGUACACUAAGCCGCUGUGCUCGCUUGAAGUGCCGAGGAACAUUGGGGCGAUGCAGACUGGACCCGCCGUCUUCCCCCUACUUCCGACAAUCCGACGCAACUGUGCCUGGGACAAUCGCUGAUUUUUAAGGCAAUGGCCCACGAUGUGCGCGACAUCUCUCCUUUGCAGCCACCGGAUUCAGGCUCAGGUCCCGAUGAACAACUGUCGGAAAAACCGUCCACCUCGGAAUGGAUGUCGGCGCAGUCAAACCCUUCCGUUGGCGCAGUAAACAGUGACCAUGACCCCAAUCACGAUGAGGAUAUGGUAGACCAGUCGGCAGGGACUUCACGAUCACCAGAGAGUACAGUGGUAGGAGACUCUGAUCUUGGUCCAAUAAUGAGCAGGAAACCAAGAACAUUGCCAGCAUGGAUUCGCUCGGUAGAAUAUCCUGAAGAAGACAACGACGUCCCUGCUACGACCAGACUUCUUCCCUCACAACCCGACGACGCCGUCGUGGCGCAGCAUAACCACUCCCCGUAUGCGACAAAAUCGAACCGCCCGAGCCGAGCCGACGAUGAGGACGAAGAACAAGGGGGCUCAUCUCGUCGCCAGUCUCGCUGGCAAAACUUCUCGAAGGUGAUAGCAUAUCCUCGCGAACCGGGCGCUGAGACGUCCGUAACGCCAGAAUGGUUGAAUGAAAACCUGGGGGAUUUCUCACAGCCGUGGCGAGGGCAACUUGCUCCAGAUGAAGACACGGAAGAUCCGCUGAGGAUGAAGCGGCGCCGAGAGAUCUGGUUCAAGCGCUUUCAUAAUACUCUGCUCCGAAGUCCUAUGGUCCCCCUCAUUUUCAGACUUACUGUCUGGUGCUUCUCGCUUACUGCACUGGCUCUGGGGAGCUCUAUCCAACAUCUGUCGGGGCAAUAUAAACAUCCACAGGGCCCGUCCGCACUCAUGGCCAUCAUCGUCGACGCAGUGGCUCUCGUAUACUUGAUCUAUAUCACCUUCGACGAAUAUACCUCGAAGCCGCUCGGCCUCCGGUCUGCAUCAGCCAAAGCACGGCUGAUUCUGCUAGACAUUUUCUUCAUCGUUUUUGAUUCAGCCAAUCUCAGUUUGGCAUUCGAAUCCUUGUCCACCGUACAGGGUGCUUGCACAUUGAAUGAAGUCAACCAGGAGAUCACGCCUAAGAAUGAUGCAAUCUGCGACCGACAGGUGGCUCUCGCCUCUGUUCUUUUAAUCGCACUCUUGGCCUGGCUGACAACAUUUGCGAUCAGUGUUCUCAGACUCGUCGAACGUGUAGCCUCAUAG